UCGUACCGUCUGCCAAAUAAUUCAUAUCCCCUGAAAUAUGAUCUAUGGCUGAAGGUCAAUAUUGAAUCAAGUUCGCCAUUUUUUGAAGGACAUGUGAGGAUUCAUGUCAAAAUACAUGAACUUAGUGACAAUAUUACAAUUCAUUCAGAUAAGCUUAGGAUUAAGGAAAUUAGCUUGACUGAUUUAAGUUCUUCGAUUAAAUUUGAAGACUUAAGUUACAGCACUGAUGAAUCCAAAAACUUCUUAAUGAUCCAGCUUCCUUACACUAUGUCAAUUGAUCAUCAAUUCAUCCUUGACAUAAUAUACGAUGGAGCAAUGGUUAAAGCUCAAAAUGAUAACUUGAAAAACAAAGGAUUCAUGCUAGGAUCUUACGAUGAUGACAAUUCAGACCCAGAAAGCUACAUUUUCACAGAAUUCGAACCAACUAAGGCACGAAAGUGCUUUCCUUGUUUUGAUGAACCAGCUAUAAAGUCGCAUUUUAAUUUACAAAUCGAUCAUGAUUCAUCCUACAAUGCUAUUGCGAAUAUGCCUGUUAUCAGUCGUGUGCAAAGUAACAAAACAAUCAGUCACGUUACAACAAUAUUCCGGGAAACUCCAAAAAUGUCAACAUACUUGAUCGCAUUUGUAGUUUCUAAGUUUAAACAUUUUGAGAGCAACGCAAUUGGAAUUCCACAAAAAUUGUAUGCUAGACCUUCAUUGAUCGAUGAAGGGAAAGUGAAUUUCGUUGGAAUUCAUCUAGAUAAAAUGUUAAAGACAGCUGAGGAUUAUUUUCAAGUUCCAUAUUCACUUCCGAAAAUGGAUCACGUUGUUGCACCGAAUUACUUUUCAGCUAUUGAAAAUUGGGGACUUAAUGGAUAUUCUGAAGAAUAUGUUUUGGAAUUGGAUAAAACUGGAGUCUUUUUGUGCUUCCUGCAUGAAAUUGCUCAUCACUACUUUGGAAACUUAGUAACACCAAAAUGGUGGACACACAUGUGGAUGAAGGAAGGCUUUGCUAAGCAUUACGAAAUUGAACUUGCCAAACUAAUCUUUCCAGAACUAAAAAAGGAAGUUGAGGCGUACAGAGAAUUCAGAUACCAAACAGCAUUAGCUGUUGAUUCUGAAAAGUACGCUAAGCCUUUGAAUUAUUAUGUUGAAGCACCUGAUGAAAUCUCGAAGAAGUUCCUUUAUAGUCCAAUUACUUAUCUUAAAGCAGCAUCGGUUAUUAAUAUGUUUGAAAAUUCCAUUGGAACUGAAACUUGGAAAAGAGGAAUGAAAUUUUAUAUUGAAAGUUAUCAAUAUUCAUCCACUGAACCUGGUGACUUAUAUGAAGCUAUUCAGAAGGUUGUGGAUGAAGAAUUGUCAAAUAAUACUAUAAGUUUUAAAGAUGCAAUGAGUUCUUGGAUAGAUCAGGCAGGUUUUCCAACGAUAUCAGCUCGGUUAGAGAAUGGAACUUUGAAGUUAUCACAAAAAAGGAAAGCAGAUUCUGGAAAGAAUGAGAUCUACACAAUUCCAAUCUUCUACGUAUCUUCCAGUGAUCCUGAAUGCAGUAAACAAACUGCAAAGUUUUGGAUGACUGAAAAGGAGAUGAAAAUUGAGAAUUUUAAUGACGACUGGAUAAUUAUUAAUUGUAAAAGUACAGGAUAUUAUGACGUCGAGUAUGACAUAAACAUAUGGAAUGGGAUCAUCAACCAACUUAAUAAGAAUCAUACAGUCAUUCCAAAAUCAUUUAGAAAGAAGCUAGUUCGAACUAUCUUGAAGAAUUCUGAAACUGUCUUUUGGGAUUGUAAAACUUUAAAUCAGAUACUUAAUUAUUUGUAUGUCGAGGAAGAUCUAGAUUCAAUAGCUGUAUCCAUAAACUUAUUGUACAAUCACUUUGGAGAAUGUUUGGUGGACGAAACUUUCUCUGCAAACUUCAAAUCAUUAGUAGAGAAUGUCUAUAAAGACAUAAGGCAAUAUGGACAAUAUGCAAUGGUCAAAAAGCUAGCAUGCUCGCUAAAAGUCCAGAUCUGUAUAUCUGAUAGCAUUGAAGGGCUGAUUAAUGUAAUAAAUUCACAUAUUAUUAGUUCGGACUUUCCUUACUGUGAUGCUUUAAAACAUGCUAAUAAAACUAUUGUAGACAUUGCCUAUAAAUUUGUAUUAGAUAAAUCUUCAGACGAGAGAGUCUUCAAACUUAUUUAUGGACUUGGAUGUAUUGAAGAUGCUCAGCUGUACAGAAAAGCUUUGAAUAUUUUCCUUGAUAGAGAUUGGGAUAUAAAAUAUUUUUAUGUGAGCUACUUGCUCAAUAAUUUGGAUUCUCAUAUGAAAAAGGAAGCUUGGUUGGACUUUUUGGAGAUGAAUCAUGCAAAGAUUGUUAGAAGGCCAUUCUUAAAACAACGGUUACUUAUUAACUUGAGAUCCAACGUACGAAAGUUCCCACAGAAAGCUCGUCUCCAAAAUAUAAUGGAUAAUUUAAAGCAUUAACAAAGAAGUAUGCAAAUAAAAUGAGGAAUGAAUCACAAAUGUUAAAUUUACUGUUUUAUUUAUGGCAUUUUCUCUCUACCCGGAAUUCUCGCAUGCAUAAUCGAUGUGAUCAGAUUGAAUUAUCAAUCAAUCGCUAUUUAGCGGUCAGCGAGUAAAGAUGUUUUUGAAAACAUUCUCAGUUAUUAUUGAAUUAUCGAUCGUGUGCUUUGUAA